AUGGAAAAGGAAAUUUCAAUUGUUGUAGUAAACAAAGAAAGAGAACUUGAUGUUUUUUUGAACGUCUAUGCAAAUUCAAGUGAUCAAUUAAUUGGUGAGAAAAUUUACAAGAAAGGCGAUAUUGAAGAAUUGGUUGGUACCAAUAGUGGUCAUUAUUCAAUUAUCAUUGAUAGCAAUGGUGAAUCCGAUGACGACCAACAUCCAGUUGGUAUUGAAACCCAUUUGGUAAUAAAGAGACCAAACAUUUCCAAUGAAACUGGUUUUGGUAGUUUCGCACAUAGGAACUAUAAUUCAGAUAAAUUAAUUAAAACAGUAAAAGUUGGUAAAGCACUUUUAUUACAUACAAAAGAAUAUGUUGAGGCUGAUAAUUGUAACAAAUUUUUCAUUCUUGUUAAACAUUUUAAUGAUUUAUUUUAUAAAUUCAUUCAAGAACAAUGUAGUGGUGACAUUUACUGGGUAGAAAGAAUAAUUGCCAUAACUAUGCAAGAUUUUGCUUAG